GUUCAUCUUCACAGACAGCAGAACUUUGACUUUCCUUUUCACGGAGAACGAUCUUCUCCUGUGAAGCCGAACUGGAGUCAGACAGAAGAAGGGAGAGCAGGAGUGAGGCUGAACUAUUCUGCUUCAUCCGUCAACUUUAAGAACUGCUUUAGAUAUUGAGCAGAGUUUGGUGUCCGUCACAACCCAAUGAGUUCAGAUAGAAACAGAGAAUCGUUCUGUUUGCUGCCCCUGCUUGUCUUCUGCGCCGGAACAAAGAGACGAGCCGCCGGCGUGGAGGUAAACCGCGGGCCUGAAGUCUGGAAUGUUCCUCAUAAUGACGACUGGUGGAGGAGCAGGACGACAGGGAGGGGCUGCGAGGACAUAACUGAAGAAUGCGGCUGAUGAAGACACAAAAGAUGAAGGCUGAUAGAAUGUGUUUGGACCGGGUUUUUUUCAUGGGAGAGAAGAAAUCGGAUUGUUUUUGUUGCUGCAAAGGUUUCUAAUGCCACAGCUGUUCUUCCCUUUGGUUUUAUCCAAAUGAUCAAAGUUCAGGCUGAUGGUGAGGAGGACGGGUGGACGUCAGAACGCUCUGAGCAACGAAGCAAACUCCACCAUCAGGCUCUUUACUGGGACUCAUCCAGUACAGAACCAGAACCAGGACCAUGCUGGUCCCAGUUCACCUCCAAGCUCAGCAGAUAUUCUAAAAACAAGACAAACAAACUGCCAUUUCCUGAAAAAGCUCAUUUUUGACAAACUGCUGGACUUCCCUCAACAGAGUCAUGACACUUGUACAUGAACGUCUUCGGAUUGUUUUCCUCUUAUGUUUGACUGUGAACUGAAUCUUCUUCAUCUCAUUAAACCAGAUUUCUGUCGGGACGGACGGCGGUAAUGACCUCUGAUCUGGUUCUUCAUCCAAAGUCCAUCGUGAGCUUUUUUUUUUACAUUUCCUUUUUAGACCAAAGAGGAUUUCUGAAAGCAGUGCAAGGCUGAGUGCCUUGCCCAACGGCUGCCAGGUUUGGGGUUUGAACCAUCACAUGACUGGCAGAUAGCUGCACAUUCUGCCCGUUUGCUCCUCCGCUCAGGGUUCCUGCUUCUGUGCGUCCAGUUACCAUGACGACAGAGCGACCCUCCUGAGGUCAAAGGACAGCGGUGUCAGGAGCAGACCUUCUGGUAUUUCACACCCUGGGGGGGGCUUCCACCAAAAGAGGAACAUCUUUAGUCCAGAUGUUCCUGCAAUGGCGGUGUUUGACAGCAUGACCUGAGAGGAGACAACGGGCCCGGACAAAGAUCCUGAAGAACCUUUGGGCAGAAACCCAGAAGGAAGAAGCAGGAAGCAGUAAAUCCAGGAACGUUUCAGCACAAAGCAGAAACCGGAACCCGGAGAACCUGGAGAACCUGGAGAACCCAGAGAACCCGGAGAACCUGGAGAACCUGGACUCCAAACUGCUCUGUUCUGCUGUCCUUGGUCUUCCGGCUGGACCUCCAGGAGUUCACAGAACCGAGCCUGGAAAAGCCCAUCAGGACCCAGAAGCAUCCAGUCCUGCGGGCUGUUCAGGUUUCAGGGGAGUGUCUCCUCCUCCUCAGAGGAAUCUCCUCCUGAAAGCUCCUCGCAAAUCUCCGAGCUCCUCAUUCCAGCUCCGUCCCCCUCAGGAGACCCUCAACGCAUUUUCGCGCCCAGACGCCCAUUCCUCAAAGCAGUGCGUGAAGUUUGGGAUAACCCGCAUCCACCCGUGACAUCCAGGCGGGACAGCGCGUGCGUGUUUCUCUCUUUGGGCCCGGGGUUACCUGCUCCAUCCGCCGCUCCUCGGUGCGUCGCGCGCUUCCCGCUGCGUCCCCAGAGUCUGCCUGCUCCGCUUGAAGCCGGUCCAGCUGCAUCGGGUAGAUCUGCACCUGCAGGAGGAAAAUGAGACCGCUCCGAGCAUCAAGAGUCUUUGUUCUGCUGGGCCUGGUGGUCCUGACUGCAGCCAGACCAAGAGCAGGUCCAGACCAGAAGUGUAAGCCCGGCCCGCUGGAUCUGAUCUUCCUCAUCGACAGCUCUCGCAGCGUUCGGCCUCACGAGUUCGAGACCAUGAGGAAGUUCAUGAUCGACAUCCUCAACAGCUUGGAGAUCGGACCGGACAGCACCAGAGUGGGAGUGGUUCAGUAUUCCAGCCAGGUCCGCAGCGAGUUCUCCCUGAAGACCCACGGUGACCUGGAGAGCGUGGUGGCGGGCAUCCGGCAGAUCGUCCCCCUGGCUCAGGGCACCAUGACUGGACUUGCCAUCAGAUACAUGAUGAACGAAGCGUUCACGGCGGAGCAGGGGGACCGGCCAAAGGUCCCAAACGUGGCUGUGAUCGUGACGGACGGGCGUCCUCAGGACCGCGUGGCUGAGGUGGCAGCAGAAGCCAGAGAGAGAGGCAUUGAGAUCUUCGCUGUGGGAGUGGCCAGAGCGGACAUGACAUCACUGAGGGCGAUGGCCUCCCUGCCCUUUGAAGAUCACGUCUUCCUGGAGGAGAGCUUUGACCUCAUUCACCAGUUUGGACUUCAGUUCCAGGACGCGUUUUGUGGUCUGGAUCUGUGUAAGGAGAUGGACCACGGCUGCGAGCACGUCUGCGAGAACUCGCCGGGCUCCUUCCACUGCCUCUGCAGCGAGGGCUACACUCUGAACGAAGACGGGAAGACCUGCACAGCCAUCGAUCUGUGCGCUGAAGGCAAACACGACUGCGAGCAAGUCUGCAUCAGCUCCCCCGGAAACUUCAGCUGCGACUGCAGAGAAGGAUACCGGCUGCAGGACGACGGGAGGACCUGCUCCAUGGUGGAAUUCUGCUCCUUUGGGAACGACAGCUGUGACCAUCACUGUGUAAAUAUGCUCAACGGCUUUUACUGCACCUGUAAGGAGGGGCACAGGCUGCAGGCCGACGGGAAGACCUGCCAGGCCAUUGACCUGUGUGCCGAGGGGAAACACGACUGCCAACAAGUCUGCAUGAACAUGGGGCCGGCCGUCUUCACCUGCGACUGCAACGAGGGCUACACGCUCAACGAGGACGAGAGGAGCUGCACUCCCAUUGACCUGUGUGCCGAGGGGAAGCACGACUGUGAGCAGGUCUGCAUCAGCGCACCUGGAGUGUUCACCUGUGACUGCCGCAAAGGUUUCAGGCUCAACCACGACAAGAAGACCUGCACAAACAUGGAGAUGUGCAGCUCGGUUCAGCACGGCUGUGAGCAUCAGUGCGUGAACACGCCCGGAUCUUAUUACUGCGUCUGUCCUGAAGGGCAGCUGCUGCAGGACGACGGCAAGAGCUGCGGCGCCUGCACGUCUGCCAACAUUGACCUGGUGCUUCUGAUCGAUGGCUCCAAAAGUGUUCGUCCUCAAAACUUUGAGCUGGUGAAAAAGUUCGUCAACCAGGUCGUGGACUCUUUGGAUGUGUCCGCCCACGGUACCAGAGUGGGCCUGGUUCAGUACUCCAGCCGGGUCCGAACAGAGUUUCCUCUCAACAUGUACCACACAGCUGAGGACAUCAAAGCCGCCGUCAUGAAGGUGGAGUACAUGGAGAAGGGGACGAUGACCGGUCUGGCGCUGAAGCACAUGCUGGAGAACAGCUUCUCGGAGGCAGAAGGCGCUCGUCCGGCCGCUCGCAGCGUCCCCAGAGUCGGACUGGUCUUCACAGACGGACGGUCCCAGGACGACAUCAGCGAGUACGCCAAGAAGGCCAAGGAAGCAGGUAUCACCAUGUAUGCCGUGGGCGUCGGGAAGGCGGUGGAAGACGAGCUCCGUGAGAUCGCCUCUGAGCCGGUGGAGAAACACUUCUACUACACCACAGACUUCAACGCCAUCAGCACCAUCGCAGACAACCUGAAGCUGAACGUGUGCCCAGAGGAGAGUCAGGGGGAGGUUGAGGUGAAGGAUCCGUGCGCCUGCGAGAACCUGGUGGAGUUCCAGCAGAACACUGGCAGCAGCCUGGAGCAGCUCACACAGAAACUGGCCGCCAUGAACACCCGCCUGGUGGAGCUGGAGAACCAGCUUCUCUCCAGGAAGUGACCCGGUCACAGGGACCAAACGUUGGGGGGCACAAGGAGGAGGAGGAGCUGGUCAGACCCCAGCAGAAGCAUUGACCAAGCAGGACCUGCCCCAUGCCGAUGGUCGCUCCAGCGGUCUCCGGAGGAUGGAGCCUUUGGGGCCUCGUCCUGGCGUGGGGGGGGUGUUGCUUCUUUCUAUGGAUGUAAACCUGAUGCCCACUUUUACAAGCUACCACUGAUCAGUGCCUUUGAACCGAGCACUUCCGUCGUCUGCAUGUCUUUCAUACCCAUCCUGUGGCUGUGCCACUGCUAGCUGUGAGCCGGGUCCCGUCAGUCAGCGGGUCAGAACCACCAGGCUUCCUUCUCUGAGCGCCAUAUUUAUGCAGGCGCUACUAUAGCUACCAAAGAUGACGAUUUCUCAAAUAAGAGCAUUUAUGCCAAGAGUGACAGAGUUUCAAAUCACACGUUACCACUUCUGUCGCAGGAUGUCCUGAGCGUUCUCCCAGACUGUCGCUGUUGACCUUUGACCUGAGCAGCUCUGAAAUGUAGAAAAAAAAAGGCUAGAGAACCCAAAGUGUAACCACAGGUUCCCCUCUACUCAAAGGAAUUUGGCUCUUUUUUUUUAUCUUUUCCGGCUUCUCAUCAGCUGUUCAUUUAUGUAAAAAUGAAAAAGCUGAUCAAAAGAAAUGAUCAGAAAACCGUCGAUUGACCAUAACUGAGAGAAGAAAGCUCUCUGGUCUCAUAAAGGCCCAGCUUCAGUCUGUGAUGUGUUAGUUGCAUAAAUUACCUCCAUACCUGUAAAUGUACACCUCAGUCUUUGAACUCUUGGAUGUUUUGUUUCUAACAGCUUUCUAUGUAUAUUAUUUGUAUGAAUCUGUGUAUUUACAGCCCAGAAUGCAAUAAAAGGGGGGCGUUGAGUCUGA